AUGUCAAACAACACUGUCGGCUCAUCCGGGCCAGCUCCCGGCAAAAUACGUGGACCUGGAAGACCUCCAAAACGUACAUGCACUUGGUGUGCUGAAAGUAAAACACCACUAAAAUAUGUCCUGCCAACCGAAAACGGUAAAAAAGAAUUUUGUUCAGAAACGUGUUUGUCUGAAUUCAGACAGGCAUACAGCAAAGGCGCCUGUCUUCAUUGUGAUAAUGUUAUUCGUGGUAAUGCACCUUCAAGUAGUAAGAAUUUUUGUUCCACAUAUUGUUUAAACAAGUAUCAAAAGAAAAACGAGAAACGUACUUCAUCACCGCAAUCGGGUAAUGGGGCUAAUGGAACAGAAAAUCAUGCGAAUAAUAAUUCUACAGGUUCCUUUUAUGACAUUUACCAAGCUUUUGACUGGAAUGAAUAUAUGAAAGACACUAAUAGUGUAGCAGCCUCUCAAGAAUGUUUUAAACAGGCUCCAAUGCCCCCUGUAAAUGACUUCAAAGUUGGAAUGAAAUUAGAAGCAUUAGAUCCACGUAAUUUGACAUCAACAUGUAUUGCGACCGUUGUUGGGGUGCUAGGUCCUCGACUAAGACUGAGGCUUGAUGGAAGUGAUAAUAAGAAUGAUUUUUGGCGUCUUGUUGAUGCAGGAGAUAUUCACCCUAUUGGUCACUGUGAAAGAAAUGAUGGCAUGCUGCAGCCACCGUUAGGGUUUCGGAUGAAUGCCAGUAGUUGGCCCAUGUUUUUACUUAAAACUUUAAACGGUGCUGAAAUGGCUCCAGCUAAAGUCUUUCAACCUGAACCUCCAACUCCUAAGUCAAAUGUGUUUGUUGUUGGACAAAAAUUAGAGGCAGUAGAUAAGAAAAAUCCACAACUCAUUUGUUGUGCCACUGUUGGGGCAGUGAAAAAUGAUCAGAUACAUGUAACAUUUGAUGGGUGGAGAGGUGCAUUUGAUUACUGGUGUAGGUAUGAUUCAAGAGACAUAUUUCCAGUUGGUUGGUGUGCUAGGGCUGGACACCCUUUACAACCUCCUGGUCAGAAAAGUGCUACCACUCCAUCAAGAUUAAGCUAAGGCCUAGUGGUAUGCCUAAUCCGGCUUUACCAGAAGGUGGAUCUACAGGAGCUGGGAACUCGAAUGCUUCUGUAACACCCACACCAGUAGCCACAGUGUGCCUCCGUAUCCGCAGCAGUUGUACCGGUGGUAGCAGCUCUUUACCAACUUCUGUAUUAGGGACUGGCCCAUCUGGAGCUGCUGAAGCUUUGGUCAAGGAAUUGCUCAGUGUCCAUCCUGACCCUCAAAGGUUGACAAGAGCAAUACUCACAGCAUCUAGUAGCUAUUCUAAUAUAACGAAUGUACAGGUUUCAUCAGGAAAUAAAAACUAUUCAGUGAAAGUCCCAUCAGAGUUGACAAUAGAGAACUUAAGAAUUGGUUGAAAGCUGUUACUAGUGGAGUUGGCAGCUGUAUUGGAAUGAUAGAGAUAGACACUGGUGAGGCUGCUGGUCGGCCUUGCACCCUUUGUGGAGAAUCUACAUCUAAUAAUAAUGUCAUAACAUCUGGUGUAAAGAGGCCUAAUAAUGAGGAGACUACAGCAAGUAGUGUGAAUGGGUCGGGUGAGUGCUCGAGUGGCAAGUUGGCACGCGUGUCCCCGGAGCGACCCGAGCCAGCUUCCUCUACGACAGGGGCGCCGCCUCCGCCCUCGCCAGCUACGCCGCCCGCCGACUGGUCCGUCGAAGACGUCAUCGGGUUUAUCGCAGCCGCCGACCCUGCCCUUGCCGCUCAUGCCGACUUAUUUAGGAAACAUGAAAUAGAUGGAAAAGCCCUACUGUUGCUAAACUCUGAUAUGAUGAUGAAAUAUAUGGGUUUAAAGUUAGGUCCUGCUUUAAAAAUUUGUAAUCUUGUAUCCAAAAUAAAAAAUCGCCGGCAUUAUAGUACCUAA